AUGGCCAAGGCAUCGGCCUCAUCCCCGCCCGCGUCGUCGCCCGCAUUGAAGCGCGCCACGCCCAGCACGCAGAACAUGCGUAGCCAGAAGUCCAUCCUGGGCUUCUUCCAGAAAUUGUCACCAGCGACUCCUUCCUCGAACCGUACACGUGAACCGGCCUCAUCCCCAGCUCAGCGAGCAUCCGAGAACCGUGGUGGAAGCGCGGCUAAGCCUACACCGAAAGAUCAGAAGCGAAGCUUCUCUAGCUUCGCUCAGGACCUGAGUCCGGUGCCGAGUAGUGAUCUGCCAAUUCCGGAUGAUGAGGAGGAAAAUGGUGGAGCUGGAAAGACCACCAAGCAAGAGCCGAAUUCCACCAUGUCUCCUUCACGACGAGGCAAGAAGAAAGUCAGCUACAAAGAAUCUGACUCGGAGGGCGAAGACGACGACGAGGUCAUAUUCCGUCCUAAUCGCAAAGAUCGCGUCACAGGUCGCGCCACUAAGAGAAGAAGAACGGAACCUGAAAGUGAGGAUGAAUUCAAGGACGCCGAAGAUGACGUGGCGCUCUCGGAAGACGAAAUGGACGACUUUGUUGUCGCAGACGAUUCCGACGAAGAGGUCGCGGCCCCGAAGCGCAAGCGACCUAGCACGAAAUCGGCACGCAAAUCCUCGGCCCCAUCAUCGCCGCCGCCUGCGCCUCCCACUUACGAUGAUGACAUAGACAUGGACCUCCCAGAGGGCGGAGGCUCAGCUGGAACGGCGAAGAAAUGGUCAUUUGAUCCCGAGAAUAAGGAACCUCGAAAGGAGAGAGCAGUGGUUGCCUCUACCGCCACACCGAGCGCGAAGAAAGAAAAAGCCCACAUCAAGGAGCCCGAGCAACGUUAUUCAUGGCUCGCUUCACUCAAGGAUAUUGAUGGCAACCCCAAGGGCCAUCCUGACUAUGAUCCUCGCACGCUCUACAUUCCUCCUCUGGCAUGGUCUCGCUUCUCGCCAUUUGAGAAGCAGUACUGGGAAAUCAAGCAGAAGUUCUGGGAUACAGUUGUCUUUUUCAAGAAGGGCAAGUUCUACGAGCUUUACGAGAAUGAUGCCACCAUUGGCCACCAGCUCUUCGACCUGAAGCUGACGGACCGAGUCAACAUGCGCAUGGUCGGUGUUCCCGAGAUGAGUUUGGACCAUUGGGCAAACCAAUUCGUUGCCAAGGGCUACAAGAUCGCCCGCGUCGAUCAGUCCGAAUCUGCUCUUGGCAAGGAAAUGCGCGAGAGAGAGGGCAAGAAGCCUACGAAGGAAGACAAAAUCAUCAAGCGAGAACUUGCAUGUGUUCUUACGGCUGGUACUCUGGUCGAGGGAUCGAUGCUCCAAGAUGACAUGUCCACCUACUGUGUUGCCAUCAAGGAAGCUGUCGUGGACGACCUCCCUGCGUUUGGUAUCUCGUUCGUGGACACAGCGACUGGCCAAUUCUUUUUGUCUGAAUUCAAAGAUGAUGUGGACAUGACCAAGUUCGAGACCUUCGUAGCGCAGACCCGUCCACAGGAGCUUCUGUUGGAGAAGGCCUGCGUCUCUACCAAAGCCAUGCGAAUCUUGAAAAACAACACCAGCCCAACCACUAUCUGGAACUUCAUGAAACCAGUGAAGGAGUUCUGGGAAGCUGAUGUCACCAUUCGAGAACUCGAAGCCAGCGACUACUUCGUGUCCACGGAUGACGACAACGUUACAGCCUGGCCCGAAGUUCUUCGCCAGGCUCGCGAGAAGGAGUUGGUGAUGUGCGCGUUCGGUGCCAUGGUUUCAUACCUCCGACUGCUCAAGAUCGAACGAGACUUAAUCACCAUCGGAAAUUUCACAUGGUAUGAUCCCAUCAAGAAGGCCACUAGUCUUGUGCUGGAUGGACAGACUUUGAUCAACAUGGAGAUUUUCGCGAACUCUUUCGAUGGUGGGAUUGAAGGCACCCUUUUCCAGCUUCUCAACCGAUGCAUCACGCCUUUCGGAAAGCGUAUGUUCAAGCAAUGGGUGUGUCACCCACUGGUGGAUUCCAAACGGAUCAAUGCUCGUCUGGAUGCCGUCGAUUCACUCAAUGCUGAUCCAAGUGUUCGGGAUCAAUUCUCCGCCCAACUCACAAAGAUGCCCGAUCUGGAACGUCUGAUUUCACGCAUCCACGCGGGAAUCUGCAAGGCCCAGGAUUUCGUUCGUGUGCUUGAAGGCUUCGAGCAGAUUGACUACACGAUGGGUCUCUUGAAAGAGAAUGGAGCUGCUUCAAAUGAGAGCAUCAUUGGGGAAUUAACAAGCGCUAUGCCUGAUCUGUCCUCUCUCCUGGGAUAUUGGAAGACAGCGUUUGAUCGACCCAAGGCUAGGGAAAACGGAAUCCUCAUUCCCGAAACUGGCGUCGAGGAAGACUUCGACAACUCUCAGGAAAAGAUAGAGGAGCUCCACAAAGAUCUCGAUAAUCUCCUCAAGAAAGCUCGGCGCGAUCUGGGCUCUUCUGCGAUUUGUUAUCGAGACAACGGCAAGGAGAUCUAUCAGCUAGAGGUUCCGAUCAAGGUGAAAAACAUCCCUAGCGACUGGAACCAGAUGUCCGCAACAAAGCAAGUCAAGCGCUACUACUUCCCAGAGUUGCGCAGUCUCAUUCGCAAGCUCCAAGAGGCACAGGAGACUCACAAUCAGAUCGUCAAAGAAGUCGCUGCCAGAUUCCACGCUCGUUUCGAUGAAAACUACAACACUUGGUUGGCUGCCGUGCGCAUCGUGUCACAGCUUGACUGCCUCAUCAGUCUGGCUAAGGCUUCUGGGGCUAUCGGCCAUCCCAGCUGUCGCCCCGUCUUCGUGGAAGACGAGCGCAGUGUCCUUGAGUUUGAAGAGCUCCGUCAUCCCUGUCUUCUGUCUUCGGUCGAAGAUUUCAUUCCAAACGACAUUCAGCUCGGUGGCAAACAUGCUAGCAUUGAUUUGUUGACUGGUGCUAAUGCCGCUGGUAAAUCCACUGUUCUCCGAAUGACCUGUGUUGCCGUCAUUAUGGCUCAAAUUGGAUGUUACCUUCCCUGUCAGUCAGCUCGUUUGACUCCUGUCGAUCGCAUCAUGUCACGUCUUGGUGCGAAUGACAAUAUCUUCGCUGCUCAGUCAACCUUCUUUGUUGAGCUAUCAGAGACGAAGAAGAUUCUCUCCGAGGCCACACCCCGCUCUCUGGUGAUUCUGGACGAACUCGGUCGUGGAACUAGCUCUUAUGACGGUGUGGCCGUUGCGCAGGCAGUUCUGCAUCACAUCGCAACCCACAUCGGUGCACUGGGCUUCUUUGCAACCCAUUACCACUCCCUUGCUGCCGAGUUCGAGAACCACCCGGAGAUUGCACCUAAGCGCAUGGCCAUCCACGUCGACGACGCCGAGCGCCGUGUCGCUUUCCUAUACAAGCUCGAGCAGGGUGUCGCCGAAGGCAGUUUCGGUAUGCACUGUGCGUCCAUGUGUGGUAUCCCCAGCAAAGUCAUUGAAUGCGCCGAGAACGCUGCCAAGCAAUGGGAGCACACCAGUCGACUCAAAGAGAGCCUGGACCGUCAGAAGGGCGGUGGGUAUGUUGGUCUUGGGUGGUGGAGUGAUGUUGCCUGGGCUUUGCGGGAGCCUGUCACCCAAGAAGACUCGAACGCUGGCGAUGUUACAGAUCGCGGUCUCGAUGUCUUGAUGAAGGCUAUUGAAGCACUUUGA